AUUUAUGUUUCAAUGAAUUCACAGGGCGAUUAGUGUUGCUGAGUCUACUUUUUUUUGGGAUCGGUAUUUGAUUUUUUUGACGCCCGGACAACCGUUUUGGUUGUAAAAUUUUAUCAUGACACGAUGGGCGCGAUCUGCUACUUCUAAAGCUUCUAACCGCAGAGUUCCAGAAGAUGGAACACCGUGGGAAAAACUUCAAGCUCAGAGUACAUCUCGGGAGGCAGUUUCUGGUGACGAAUCCAAAGGUUCCGAUUCCAUUGAGAGUGAUGAUCCGAAGAAAGAGGAAGAACUUGCAGCAAGGAAACGGGAAGUGGAGCGAAAGAAGUUUUUCUUCGAGGGAUCUUGGGUGACUGCGGAAACCAAAUCUUCUCUGAUAGAACUUCGCAAAGCUUCCGAGGAAAUCCCAAAUGAAACUGCGAAAUUGAAAAUUGAAAGCGAAAUAAGACUCCUCCGGCGCAGAGAAGAAAAAACCACGAAGCGACUGAAACGGAAACUGUGCUUCCGGUGUCGUAGUGGUGAUCAUCAAUUGGCCGAUUGUCCCGAAACCGAACUGAAUACUGCUCUCUUGGAUUCGGCCGGUUCCCUGAUUCGAGGAGUCUCGUCCGGGAUUUGUUUCCGCUGUGGUAGUGACAAGCAUAUAGCCAAGCAUUGUAACGGCAAAGUAUCUGCGAAAAAGGGCAAAUACCCUUUCGCUACGUGUUUUAUAUGUACCGAAAAAGGCCACAUAUCGUCGGAAUGUCCCAAGAAUACGAAAGGAAUCUAUUUGAACGGAGGAAGUUGCCGGUUGUGUGGAUCCGUGCUGCAUUUGAGGAAGGAAUGUCCCGGCCUGAAACGUACCGAGUACGACAUUGCAAGACCGAAACGGAUGGCGGGGCCUUCGGUUCCUACUAAGCCGAAAAGAGUUGUGCAAUUUUAA